AUGUCUGGCUUAAGAUCGCAAGUGUUACCUCUCUACCGUAGAGCAAUAAAUCUCUCAAAAACUUGGCAAGCGGUGGACCCAACAAAGACAGAAUACGAAAGACAAUACAUUAAAAAUGAAGCCCGUACUCUGUUCAGAAAAAACAAAAAUUUAACUGACCAGGAAUUGAUCAAAGAGCACAUAAAUGAGGCAGAAGCCAGAAUUGAGAUUGCCUUGCACUACAAAACUCCAUAUCCAAGACCAGUUAGUUUUCUUUGCUGUUGA